AUGUCGGCCGAUGUAGACUGGUUUUCUCCAAAUAACCCUGCCAAAGCGAUCGGCCUUUCAACUCCGCCGUGCCGCGACUAUAAUUCCGAUCCACCGCCGGCAAGCUUCCUGAACUCAUCGCCCACGUUCGCACGACAGAGAAUUUUUUUUGCAAUGAUGAGGCUUCAAACUUACGCGGGCUUUAGCCUAUUAGCUACGUUGGCUGUUAUCUAUCACGCUUUUAGCAGUAGAGGCCAGUUUUACCCGGCCAUGGUUUAUUUAUCGACUUCGAAAAUCAGCUUGCUGUUCCUCUUGAAUAUGGGCCUGGUUUUUAUGUGUGUCUUGUGGCAACUGACAAAGAAAAUCUUCCUCGGGCCCCUUCGGGAAGCGGAAGUCGAGCGGCUGAACGAGCAGUCGUGGCGUGAAGUCAUGGAAAUAUUAUUUGCGAUCACCAUCUUCAGACAAGAUUUCUCAGUCUCGUUUAUAGCUAUGGUUACCGCUUUACUUCUGAUCAAGGCACUUCAUUGGUUGGCCCAAAAGAGGGUCGAAUACAUCGAGACGACGCCUUCUGUUCCUAAGCUAUCUCACGUCCGGAUCGUGUCUUUCAUGGGAUUCCUUCUCCUUGUCGACUGUAGUUUUCUGUACAGAGCGGUUAAGUACUUGAUAGAAACCAGGCAGGCUUCAGUUUCGCUCUUCUUUGCGUUCGAAUACAUGAUAUUGGCCACAACGACUGUAUCAACAAUUGUGAAGUAUGUAUUCUACGUGAGUGACAUGAUUAUGGAAGGACAAUGGGAAAAGAAGGCUGUUUACACCUUUUACUUGGAGCUUAUCCGGGACUUGCUCCACUUGACUAUGUAUAUGUGUUUCUUCCUUGUCAUAUUUGUGAACUAUGGUGUGCCUCUUCACUUGAUCCGGGAGUUAUACGAGACUUUCCGUAACUUCAAAAUCCGUGUGGCUGAUUACAUACGUUACCGCAAGAUCACUUCGAAUAUGAAUGAUCGUUUUCUGGAUGCAACCCCGGAGGAGCUUAAUACGAACGAUGCAACCUGUAUUAUCUGUCGCGAGGAGAUGGUUACUGCUAAAAAACUUAACUGUGGACAUCUUUUUCACGUGCACUGUCUGAGGUCUUGGCUGGAAAGGCAAAACACAUGUCCCACGUGCAGAGCCCUCGUGGUACCACCUGAGAAUGGGACUUCAACUAGUGGAGUAAGAGCCGAUGUUCAACAGCAAGGAAGUAACAGCUCCCUUGGCACGUCUUCACAUGGAGCUUCUGGUGUUAGGGCGGGUAAUGAUAACGUCAGUCAGCAUCAGGCGAGGCUACAAGCUGCUGCUGCCGCAGCCUCGAUUUACGAGAAGUCUUUUGUUUAUCCUUCCUCGAAUACCCUGACAUGGUCACCUGGAUAUGCAUUUCUUCCCCAAACAUUCGCAAAUCCCAGCCACACCGUACCGGCAAACGAUGGUGGGAGUGGAGUCGUGAGUGGUGGUGUCUCACAACAGUAUUCGGACAUGACUUUUGUGCAGUUACCUCAGUGGGCUGGGAGUGCCGAUUCUCAACAAGAUUUGCAAGUUAAAUUAAUUCAGGACCAGAUUGAGUUGCUGCAACACAAGCUCCACCUUCUGCAAGCAUCAAAGGAUGUCAAGGGAAAAUCGGUAUUAUCACCAUCUUCAUCUGUUGUAGACUCUAGUGAGACCCGUUAUCCGGAGCCAACGGACUAA